GCCUCUCUGUUCCUUUAUUUGUUAAAAAAAAGUAUUUUCAGGUGCAGAACAGCAAAGAAGAACAAGGUAUGAGCCAUUUUUCUCUUAUCUGCACUAAAAUUAUGACUUAAAAAGGACAAGAAUUCUUUUUUUUGUAAUUUAUGGUCUUGAUAAACUCUUCAGGUGAGUUCAACUUGGUUACUUGUGCUUAAUAGCAAAAAUAUAGAUGAUGAAUAGGAUAUCUUUGAAAAUCUCUGAUCAUGUUUUCAAUUUGUACAGUAAAGAUAAGGCUAACUUGUUUUUUCUUUCAUAAAAUGCAUAAGUUCAAUGAAGUAAAUAUGGGCAUUAUACAUUAAUGUUAUUUUAAUGCUAUUCAUAAUGUAUAAAAUGAAACUUUUACUAUAGGUUUGCAAAGUUUACAGCCCUCCAGAAGUUUUACUACAAGUACCAUAAGUCCAAUAAAUAUAAUUUAUGAUAGCUUCCUAACAUACUCCAACUAGAAAAAGUGAGUUGAUUGUAAUAUGAUAAUUUCUUUGUGCACCCUAAUUAUUAGCAUUUAGUGUCAUUUACAGUGAUUAUAGUAAAUGGCACUAAGUGAUUUCAAAUAUAGUGUAUUUUAUUAUAUUCUUAUCUGUAUAUUUGCAAACUGAUAUAGUAGUAGUCUUUAUAUUUUAAAAGACUUUAUGAAGAAAAUGGAAAAUUAGGAGCAAGUGCAAGUAUAAAAAGUUGCACGUGGCAUAGUACUAAAGGUUGAUCACCCCUUACCCAGAAUUCUUAAAUGUAAAAUACUUUGAAAUUCCCCCCUUCCAUGUUCCUUCGGUAUUUUAUCUUGUUAGGAGCCUGUUUACUUCUGGCACAGUUGUAAUUUGGAAAAGGAUAAGGGCACAUUGCUAGGGAGUUUGAGGGUGGAAUUUACAGGGAGGAAAUUGUGUGUUUUAAAAUGCAUUUAAUUGUAUUUGUUGUAUUUAACCUAACACACAGUACUGUUUAACUGUUGUUGUUUUUAAUUUUCGUAUUUGCUUUAUUUUAAAUUGAAAAAAGUAUGUUGCUGCUAGUCAUCUUGAGUCCUUUUGCGGAGGAAGGUGGGAUAUAAAUAAAUAUAACAACAACAACAAAAACAAGAACAAUAAAUUAUUUAGGUUAAAUUAAGCAUUAUGUUUUCAAAAGAGCUUUUUUCUGCCCUUAUUCCAAACCAGUAAUGGGAAUAUUACUCCCUUCAAAUGUUUCAAAGUGCAAUUCCAACUACCAGAAUUUAGCUAUGUUGGUUUCUGGGAGUUUAGAUCCAAAAUAUCUUUAGAGUUUUCCUACAGAAACUCUAUGAUUCAGAUUGAAUGCUCGCACUCAAACACAUCCUCCAAUUUGGAUUACCUGGAUUAUUUGUAUUCUUUUGUUUUGAAAUGAAUAAUUUAUUUCUUUUUUUCUUCUCAGAUUCCGUGUGUUACCACUGAACUAUCAAUGGGAAACCAAACACAUCAACCUCAUUUUUACCUUACUGGACUCUCCAAUAAUAUGCAGCUUCAGAUUCUUUUCUUUCUUCUUUUCUUGAUCAUUUAUUUACUAACCCUGCUGGGGAACUCUUUGAUCAUGCUGGCUGUAAGAACCAAUUGUCAUCUUCAGAAUCCCAUGUACUUCCUCCUGAGCCACCUCUCUUUCCUUGAUGUGUGUUUCUCGUCAGCCACUGUCCCAGAGAUGUUGAAAACCAUCAUUGCAAAGCAGAAGACCAUAUCCAUUGGGGGCUGCUUCAUACAAGCCUUUUUUAUCAUGAUGUCAGCUACUACUGAGGUUUUCAUCCUGUCAUCCAUGGCAUAUGACAGGUAUUCUGCUAUAUGCAAACCUCUGCAUUACAUUGAAAUAAUGAAUGCAACUUUCUGCCAAAAACUAGUGGCUACAGCAUGGAUGGUUGGCUUCUUUUACGCAGCAGCAAACAUAUUACCAUUGUUAGCAUUACAGUUCUGUGGAUCACAUGUCAUAAAGCAUUUCACUUGCGAGUUGCCUUCCAUCCUCUCUCUUUCGUGCAAUGAUACAUACGCCAACAAAAUACUGUUUUUUAUUACUGGAAGUACAGUUGGGCUGUUCUCCCUGUUCCUCACCAUUCUGUCCUACAGUCACAUUAUCUCUACUGUCCUCAAAAUUACCUCCACUGAAGGGAGGCAUAAAACUUUUUCUACUUGUACCUCACAUCUCAUUGUUGUGAUUCUUUUCUAUGGAACUGGUUAUUUCCGCUAUUUGAGGCCAACUUCCAUUUCAUCUGUAGUUUUGGAUGAAAUACUUUCCAUACAGUACUGUGUCUUUACAUCUUUUCUAAAUCCCAUCAUCUAUAGCUUAAAGAACAAGGAGGUGAAAGCAGCAUCUAAAAAGCUUCUGAAAGAAGCAUUUAAAAAUUUGUUUCACCUAAAAACCUGAAAUUCUGAUUUUUUUAAAAAAAACGUUUUUUUUUAAAGCAUGUAAUGAAGAAAGUACAUUUCAUUUGGCUAUACAGCUACAGUUCUGCCCUGCCAGUAAUUCUUUUCGCCCAGCAAAACUGAGAGGAUUACUUUCAGACUUCUCAAUAGUUUUGUGGAAAAGAGUUGUUUGUUAUGCUUGUAAAUAGUGUGUGUGUGUGUGUAUUAUUAAGCAAUAUUUAAAGGUCCUUGUGUUAGGAGAGAUUCUUACAAAACUGUAUAUAGACAUUCAUUUAUACUUUUCUUCAUUUUAAAUAAAUUGCUAUCAUAUAGCCCUCCAAAAGCCAUGAGAUUGCAUCUUCCAGCAUUCUUUCUCUUUGAUUUUGCUGGCUAGGACCAAUUAGCAUUGCAGGCCAACAUAUUGGGACUGAAUGAUUCCCACUAACAACUGCAGAUAUAGUGGAGAAAGAUGUCCCAUUAUCAGUACUGAAGAAACCUUAACUAACUACCUAUCCACUUGCUUUGUAUUUUGUUCUUCAUCCUAGGCAGCAAAAUGUUAUGGGUUAACCUGAACUUUUACCAAGUGUUUGUUCAGAACUCAUCCAUAGCUUCUCAAACAUUAUUCUUAUUUUUCAUUGUUUCUUUACCUUCCUAUGAUCCUUCAAGGAUGGCAGAGACUUAAAUUUCCAUUUUGUUAUAUAUCCUCACAUCUUCUUGAUAAAAUAUCGACCAUAAUUCUCAUGUGGGUGCCUUCUUUCCAGAGCACGAUGAAACUCAGUUGAUGCAGAUAGUUGGCAAUCUACCCCAACUAUUUUUAAUUUUUUACAGUUAGUCUUUCAAAACAGAAACAUUCAUGUAAAUGCUUCUUAUAAACAGAAAAUUGAGCUAUAGUGUCUACAAUAAGCAUUACCCCCUAGUUAGGUCUACUGUGAAAAAUCAAAAUUGCAACAGGACCAACUUUAAUUGUAAGGUUCAGUUGUAAUCAGACCUGUCUAGAAACCAAAUGUGCCAAUAGCCAUUUGCUGCUAUUAUACCCCAACAUUAAUAAUCGUAACAAUGUGGCAUUCAAAUAAAUUAGUUAAGUGAGGCGAUCCCUUGUAGUUCGAGGAUGAUGGUCUUCCAGUAAUUUUUCUUGGAAGACACCUGUGCGUGAUUUUUUUUAAUGUGUGCAUGGCCGGUCAACACACAGUCUUCACAGAGUGAGGUUCCAGUAGUGGUGUGAUUACACAACAAGAGUGGCUUCUCAGUCUGUUGCAGCCUUCUUCCGCCUUCACAGCCGUUGUAACAUGUACCAUGUUAUCCUCCGUCUGCUCCGCCGUUGAGGUCUUUGGGUCUUCGGAUUGUUCUUGGUCUGGAUCCUCCCCUGUGGCCAUUACUGGGGGUGCUUGACUCCGGUGGUUGUGCCCGCAGGUUCAUUGGAACAUGCAAGCCCCCUCACCACGUCAAGGUGACAAUCCGUUGAGGGGGGCAUUCAAAUGGCAAUGUUCUAUAUAGCCAGAAUAAAUCAUAUCCAUUAACAUGCAUGUUAAUUUUUAAAAAAUCUUCUCCUAGAUACUUAGCUACAUAUUAUCUUAAAUGCAGAGGAUGAGCUAGUUCUUGGUGUUUGAUUGGACUAUCCUAAUUUUCAACUGUACUACCAAAGUAAGGGAGAUGUGAAUUAUCCUUCUUCAAGCUUGCUCUGGUACUGGUAAAAUUGUCUGAGAGCUGCAAUUAGUUUUAGAAUGUUUGGAGUUUGAUCUUAAGAUGGAAGAUCUUACCAAUCACAUUUAACCAAAUUUUCAUAGUUAAUUAUUUACUGUGUGAAAAAUGUAAUUUAGCUAAAAGGUAUCUAUUGACAAUCAAGAAUAUUCUUAUUUUAUUUUGUUAUCUGUACCUGUUAUGUUAGUAAAAAUGCAUAUUUUACUAAUAAAUAAAUGUUAUAACAUAUCAAAAUUACACUCUCCAAAGGACAGAAUGUUAACUCUUGUCUGUUGUUGUUGUUGUUGUUGUUGUUGUGUAUCAUUUUUUCUUUCAUAAUUGGAAAAUUGUAAUUGCUGUUUGUGAAAGAUGGUUACUUAUUCUAUUCUUUUUCAUCAUGACUUGGUCUUAUUACAAGAAUUUCACUUUGUUUUUAAAGUGACUUUUCACAUUUCAGAAUCCAGAUAACCUUUUCACCAAGGAUUUUCUAUGCAAAAAAAGAGCUUGCUUUAGGAGAAACUAUAAUGUAUUUGUUCAAAGAAGAAUUCUCAGAACAUGAAUUUUUCCACAGAGCUCAUUUUGAACAAAAUACAUUGUAUAUUUAAGUUUAACACCUCCCAGAUCCUUUAUUUUUCUGGAAUGACUGUAUCCCCCCCCCCUCACCUUGAGAAAAAAGAAAAAUAA